GUCAAUACCUCCCCUCCCCUCUCUCACAGUAUUACGGUAGUGGGCAUUAUGCGCCUGGUGAGAUCGACAUGUGCGGUUGUUUUUCGGAGCGCUGCUCGCACCACCAUGUCCCAACACAAACUCAUCGAUAUCGGUGUGAACCUCACGGACCCCAUGUUCAGGGGACUCUACCGGGGGAAGCAGAAGCACGAAGAUGACCUCCAGCAGGUGGUUGACCGAGCUCUCAGGACCGGAGUGGAAAAGUUCAUGAUCACGGGAGGAAACCUCGAGGACAGCAGAGAGGCCCUCAAACUGGCCGAGACCAGAGACGAGCUGUACUGCACGGUGGGCUGCCAUCCCACCCGCUGCUCCCAGUUUGAGCAGAGCGGGGAAUCCCAGUACCUGACGGGGCUGAUGGAGCUGGCCACGGCGCACCGGGGGAAGGUGGUGGCGGUCGGGGAGUGCGGCCUCGACUUUGACAGAUUGGAAUUUUGCCCAAAAGAGACUCAACUCAAAUACUUUGAGAAGCAGUUUGAGCUGGCGGAGGAGACCCGGCUGCCCAUGUUCCUCCACUGCAGGAGCGCCCACCAGGACUUCAUGGACAUCGUGAAGAGAAACCGAGACCGUUGUGUCGGAGGAGUGGUCCACUCCUUCGACGGGACGGCGCAGGAAGCAGCCGCCCUCGUUGACCUCGACCUCUUCAUUGGAAUCAAUGGAUGUUCCUUGAAGACGGAGGCCAAUAUCGAAGCCAUGAAGUCCGUCCCCACUGAGAGACUCAUGAUAGAAACGGAUGCUCCGUGGUGCGGCGUGAAGAACACACAUGCAGGCUCCAAAUAUGUAAAAACCACGUUUCCUACAAAGAAGAAAUGGGAGGCGGAUCACUGCGUGAAGGACAGGAACGAGCCCUGUCACAUCAUACAAGUUCUAGAGGUGAUGGCGGCCGUGAGGGAAGAGGACCCGCUGGAGCUGGCCAACGCCAUCUACAACAACACCAUCAAAGUCUUCUUCAGCUCCAGCCGAUGACGACGUAAGAUCAACCUCCAGGAGACCCACUCACAUGACCUUCAAGAAUUUGUGUCUGUGUGUGUGUCUGAAUGAUGUAUAAAAGUCACCUGGCUUCGAAUCUGCCUUCUUCUGAAAUAAAAUGAAUGACCUUUUAA